AUGGAGCCGGUACCUCCGUUACCGGACUUCCGAAUUGACACAGCGCCAGCCUUCUCAAUAACCGGAGUCGACCAUGCCGGGCCGAUUUCUUAUUUAAACGAUCAGAGCGAACCCUGCAAGGGAUACAUUCUACUAUUCGUGUGUUCAGCCACAAGAGCGACACAUCUCGAACUGGUACCGAACAUGUCGUCGGUCGAAUUUCUCUUGUCGUUGAGGAAGUUCCUGAGUCGUUUCGGGACCACAGCGAAGAUCAUUUCGGACAACGGGUUGGCCUUUGUCAGAGCGGCUAAGGAGCUCAAGAUAGUUUAUGAUCAUGUGAAAUCCCCAGAAGUUCAGCGGCACCUAGCGAACUCAGAGAUUUCUUGGGAGUUUGUAGCCGCGCGAGCCCCCUGGCAUUGCGCGUGGUGGGAGAGAAUGGUUCAGACGAUCAAGAGGCCAUUGCGGAAAGUGCUCGGUCGGAAUACGCUCUCGUUCAGAGAAUUGGAAACCACUCUGAUGGAGAUAGAAGCGCUGGUGAAUCAGAGGCCUUUAACAUCGGUUCAGUUGGACCCUAACGAGAUUAAGGCUCUCUGUCCAGCAGAUUUAGUUUACGGCCAUCAUUCGAAGAUAAGUCUUCCAGAGAUGCGCCUAAAGCCUAGAAAUAAAGAAGCGGCUACCUCGAUCGUUUUCUCGGCUCGGUGGAAGUAUCAACAGGCGGUACUGCGGAAUUUCCAAAGGCGAUUCAGAGAGGAAUAUCUGCAAUACCUACGGUCGGCGCAUAUCCGUGAUCCAGUCACUCCGCGUUCGAUAAAGGUCGGCGAUGUCUGUCUACUCAGAGACUCAGCGCCAUCGAGGGCCCACUGGCCACUGUGCAGGGUUCUGGGUCUCUCGGGGGGGGAGCGCACGGACCUCAGAAAACGUUCAUGCUUGAUCAAGAUGGAGACGGGACAAACUUUCAGUCGACCGAUUCAAUUGCUCUACCCUUUAGAGGUCUAG